GUUGACCGGGUAUGGACAAGUAGACGCCCCGGUGACCCAAACAAUCAUCGCACAGCGCGCGAUAAAAUACAGAUACAGGAAUAGAGGUUUUCAUUGCUAUGCUAGUGCUCCACUAUCACCCCGCCUGCUAAAACCUUCCUUCCGCGUGCACACUUCAAGCUCUUCUAUCGCCCUCUCAAACGCAUCAUGAAUCGCCCAGAUGUAGAGGAUAUGAAAAGAAUUGUCGAUCGGCUCCCCCAAACAGAAUCAGAACGCCGAAUUGUUCGCCACUUGGUUAUUCGGGACCCCAAUUGCGGGGUAACUGACGAAUGGGUUGCCCCAGAGAUGAUUUUUUGUCGUCAACUAGAGUCGGUAGUCCUCUCUGGGGUGACAGACACGUCCGACAAGACUAUCGUCCAUCUCGCGCGUGAAAACUCUAAUAUACAGGGUCUUGACCUCACUGGGUGCAAGUACGUCACUGACGUGAGCAUCAUGGAACUGGUCGCGAAAACACCUCCUUUGCAGUGGCUGCAGCUCAGCGGGAUAGUGCUCACUGACGCUUCAGUCUCCGCAAUCGCCAAGACCUUCCCGAGGCUUGUGGAAUUGGAGCUGAAUGACCAGCCGCUCAUGACGGCUGUGUCUGUUCGCGAUAUUUGGUCAUACUCUAGGAAACUUCGCACCUUGACAUUAGCGCGCUCUCCUCAGUUAACGGAUAGUGCGUUGCCUUCGCCGAUGAAAACCCUCACUCCUCAGCCUUCUGGGGAGAAGCCCUUACCCGCCCGUCCUCAUACCUGGCUUGAUCAGCUUCCACCUCUCAUCCUACGUCAUACUGCAAUCGAUCUUCGUGUGCUGGAUCUGAGUCACUGCCCGAAGCUGACCGAUGCGGGGGUUGAAGGCAUCUUGACGCAUGCUCCAUUGAUCCGGUCACUUGCAUUGGCCGGGUGUCCCAACCUUACCGACAAGGCCGUGGAAAGCAUAUCCAAACUCGGUCUUCACCUUGGCAACCUUACCCUUGCGCAUUGCCCACGAAUAACUGACAAUGGUAUCGUGUCCUUGGCACGAUCAUGUACCGAGCUUCGAUCUGUUGACUUGGCGUUCUGCCGACAGUUAACUGAUAUGACUGUAUUUGAAUUAGCUAGCCUAGAACACAUUCACCGUCUUGUUCUUGUUCGUGUGCCAAAGCUGACCGACAAUGCUAUCUAUUUCCUCGCGGACCAUACCCCUUCAUUGGAGCGAUUGCACCUUUCAUACUGCGAUCGCAUCACGCUCAAGUCGUUACAUCAUCUCGUCCGAACUUGUAAGCGCCUCGUGCACCUUACUGCGACUGGUGUGCCUGGUGCAAGGCGGACCGGCGUCGGGCGGUUUUCUGACCCGCCUCCUGCGGAUCUGGACCCUGAUCAGAAGUCCGUUUUUCGUGCGUUUAGUGGUCCGAAUGUAGCGGCGCUGUGCAAGUUUCUUGACAAGGAGAAACUUAGACGCGAACAGGCGGAGGCUCAGAAUAUCCCGUUUGUCGCGCGAUCAGAUGAUAGCAUGGAUCUGUAUUAACGGGAACGUUGUGAACUGGUGGUCGAUCUUCAAGGCUUCAGGAUUGGUUAGGAAGGUUGGGAAUUGGAGCUGGGUGAUUGGUUAGUGUGCUAUCAUACCUUAUGUUUCCAUCUUAUUCAUCGUGUCAACAACUUACCUUGCAUAUUUUACGUGUUGUUGUGCUUCUACUGGUCCACUGCACUAUUUCGAUAAUGAUAACACAAAUUGCGUCGCAGCCAACGUAAUUCUUCUGGUCUUCUGAAUCAUAGGGGCCGGUAUACAUUCUUAGCGGAGAUAAGUGGUGGUUCACAGCUGUGCAUAACGACUUAUAAGUCGAUUUACCACACCACCACGCGUUGUAUAGGAAGAGAAGGUCAUCACAUGCAUCACACCCGAAACCAACCCGAAACAUUGUCAGAUUGGCUGGAGGAUAAUAGCACAGAUUUCAUUACAAAUGCAAAAUAUUCCUGCGAAUAUGAUACC